UUGGUGACGUCAUUUGUGGCUGGAAAAGGGAAAACAGUCGGUGGGUGGGUUGGGCUGGAGUUGUGGUUUCGGCGUUUGGACGUUGCAAAUCAACCUGGAACGAUUAUUUGAGCUCAGCUGCCAACUGCAGAGACGUCCCAGAAUGAGUUAGAAACGUCGCCUCGUGCCAGCGCUGAAACAUGGCUCUGAGCAGCUUCCAUGUGCUCCUGCUGCUCCUCCUGCGGGCUCUGCUGGCAUCAGCUGAGGGCUCAGACGAACAUCUGGAGUGUAUCUGUGAAGGCCCAAAGUGCCUCCAGGCCUCAGAGUGCCGCGGCAGCAGCUGCUUCUCCUCGAUAAGGGUCAGUGGCGGUGAGGAGCUGUUUGAGCGCGGCUGCCUAAAAGGACCUGAGCAGAUCCAGUUGCAGUGCUCCACCUCGCCGUUCCCCCACCAGGCUAUCUUGUGCUGCUCCCAGCACCUGUGCAACAGCAACACCAACAGCAGCUCGCUCAAGUCUCGUCUUCUGUCAGCUCCUGAAGGGGAACCGGUUCGGUAUCGAGUGGAGACAUUAGCUCUCUUUGUUCUCGGUCCUGUGGUGGUUCUGGUCCUGCUCUCUGUGGCGUUGGUGCUGGCCUGCAGGAGGCUCCAUCAUGGCCGCCUCCAGAGGCUGCAGGAGUUUGACACGGAGCAGGGAGAUGGUCUCAUCACCUCCAACGUGGGGGACAGCACCUUAGCGGACUUACUGGAUCACACGUGUACGUCUGGCAGCGGUUCGGGGCUUCCCUUCCUCGUACAGAGAACCGUGGCCCGCCAAAUCAGCCUGGUGGAGUGUAUAGGUAAGGGGCGGUACGGAGAGGUGUGGAGAGGCCAGUGGCAGGGCGAGAAUGUCGCUGUGAAGAUCUUCUCCUCCAGGGACGAAAAGUCGUGGUUCAGAGAGACGGAGAUCUACAACACGGUGCUGCUGCGACACGAAAACAUACUGGGGUUCAUGGCGUCUGACAUGACGUCUCGGAACUCCAGCACCCAGCUGUGGCUCAUCACCCACUAUCAUGAAAACGGUUCCCUCUACGACUACCUGCAGCGAGUGGCGGUGGAGACGUCGGAGGGCUUGGCCAUGGCGGCGGCGAUAGUGUGCGGCCUGGUGCACCUGCACACCGAGAUCUUUGGCACUGAGGGGAAACCGGCCAUCGCUCACCGAGACCUGAAGAGCAAAAACAUCCUGGUGACCAAGGAGCUGCGCUGCUGCAUCGCCGACCUCGGGCUGGCAGUGACUCACUCACAGGCAGACAACCUGCUGGACGUGGGCAACAACCCAAAGGUUGGCACCAAACGCUACAUGGCACCAGAAGUUCUGGAUGAAACCAUUCAGACCGACUGCUUUGAUGCCUAUAAGAGAGUGGACAUAUGGGCCUUUGGACUGGUGCUGUGGGAGAUAGCGAGACGCACGUACAGCAAUGGUAUCGUGGAGGAGUACAAGCCGCCGUUUUACGAUCAGGUGCCAAACGACCCCAGCUUUGAGGACAUGAGGAAGGUGGUGUGUGUGGAGCAGCAGCGGCCUUUCAUUCCCAACCGCUGGUUCUCAGAUCCUACGCUCUCUGCUCUGGUGAAGCUGAUGAAGGAAUGCUGGUACCAGAACCCGUCUGCCCGGCUCACAGCCCUGCGCAUCAAGAAGACUCUGGAGAAGAUUCACAGCUCUCUGGAGAAGGGCAAGGAGUCCUGAGGGUGUGUGUGUGUGUUGGAGGCAGCUGCAUGACGUCAGGGAUUCAAUAAGAGCUCAAUGUUAUAAUGAGGAGAAGCUAAUCAGAUGAUGAACUGGAGCAGCAGCCGUCCUUCUUUCUGGUCGACUACACGACUGUAGAGAUGUGUCUGGAGACGCCCGCCUUCGCUGAACCAGCUGACCUGAACAGUUACAGCGUGUGUGUGUGUGUGGACACCGGUGGCUGUAACACACACUUCCUUCUGGAUUCAGCCUUACUACAAACACACCAAACACUACAUUUCUGAUUUCCAGACAGCAUUUUUUUUUCUUUGGGAAGUGGCGCUCUCUGUUCAGACACGAUAAAAUGCUCCUCUUUAUUAGAACGAGCCACAAAAACAGGAAAUGUCCUCGUAGGAGGAAAAGAGCUACAGCUGGUUUUUAAACACUUGUUUUUUGAAGAUAUUAUAUGAUAUUUAUAUAAUAACUCUCCUGUUACCACACUACUGAGGAUAUAUGUAUGUAUGAUGAUUGUACUUAUGUAGGCUGACAGCAGGAAGUGAAACGUGUUUGUGGGAAAAGGAUGAAACACAAUAAGGAUCUUUAAAUAGGAGUUUGUAUAAAAGUCUUUGUUCUUUAUUCCCUGAUUUAAACAACGGUGGAGUUAAGUGGGCGACCAGUAAGCCCUCAAAACAAAACAACUUUACUGGAAACGGUUUAAUCCAAGACUUUUUUAAAUAAGCAGUUGCCUCGGUUUACAAAGAAAUUAGUUCACAAGUGCUGGUUUUGUUUCAAGAGGGAAAACAUGUUGCUUUGUGUUUUUAUAUGUAAUAAAACAUUUACUGGACUUUU